AUGGAUAGGAAGAAGGAGAAAAGAAAGAGAAGAUAAAGCUGUGUGAGAGAGAGAGAGAGAGAGAGGAAGUUCUCUCCUAUCUCGAAAUUCCAAAAUGGCUUCUUCAACUGCAACUCUUUCCACUCUAUGCGCUUCUUUCGGAACCCAUUGCUCAAUUUCCCUAACCUCCAAAACCCAAUUCUCUGUUUCUCAACCUUUCUCCUCUUCUUUUCCUUUUCCUUCUCAUAAAUCAUCUUACAACCUCUCUUUUCAAUCCACUUUCUCACCGCGCUUACGUCUUCUGCCCAAAUCCACUGACUCUACAGUGGCAGCACCUGAGUCUGAGUCUGAACUGUCUUCGCUGCAGACCGACUCUCAACCCACUCAAAUUGUCCAAUCUCCUACGUGGGAGAAGGGUCUUUUUGCAGUUGUAAUGAUUGGUGGACGACAAUAUAUUGUUCACCCCGGGCGCUGGCUUGUUGUUCAGAGGCUCAAAGGUGCUAAUGUUAACGACAAGAUUGCGCUGCAUAAGGUUUUACUAGUUGGCACAGAUACAUCCUGCUACAUUGGGAAACCAGUAGUAACAAAUGCCGUGGUAUAUGCAACAGUGGAAGAGCAGGGUUUAGAUGACAAAGUGAUUGUAUUCAAGUACAAAAGAAAGAAACACUAUCGCAGAACAAUUGGACACAGACAGCCAAACACACGCAUCCGGAUAAAUAGCAUUAUGGGCUAUGAGGACUACCCAAAAGUUACUAUGGACGACAUCAAUUUGGAAUCAUGAAAAUUUAGUGCACUAUGCUAGUAUUGUAUCUUCUUUCAUCCAUAAUUAUUAGCAAUCAUUUUACCAUGGUUAGUUUGGCUUGUAUCAGGAAUGGAUUUGUUUGAAUGUUUAUGUAAGUUGUUAACUAACUAUUGUAUGGCAUAUUGUAAUCUUUUGUUUCUAAAUGCAUUGCUAUAUUCCUGUCUCCAA